AUGGAUAAAAAUACCUCAAGUAACCAAUUUAGGGUAAUGUCAAGUUGUGAGGAAAGUAAAAAAUGUUUCUGUGAUCCCUCUGUCCAUUACGAUUUUUGCAACUACCAGUUUUGUUCAAGCUUCUCUGCGAUUUAUUCCCUUUUUUACUUUUUGAUAGGAUUAUUAUAUGUAAAAUCAUUUUAUAAUAGAUUCAAGAAUCCUAAUAAAAAUUUUAAAUCACUAUCUAUUCCAACUCUAAAUAUAAUCGGUAGUUUCUUAUUAGUGGCAAAGCAAAUACUCCAAUUUUUUGUAAUUCCAUCAACUAUUAUACACUCAGGGUUAUAUAUGGCGGCUAUUUCCUGUAUCAUUUCAUCUUACAUGUUGACAGCUGUUUUUUUUUUAAGGGACGAUGUAUUGUCAAAGAAGAUAUUUGGUAGAAUUAAGAAAUAUAAAUACUAUAUCGAAGCCCUGUUGUUAGUUUGGUAUAUAUUACAAGUUUUCUUAUUUGUAUUUGGUGUUACUUGGAAGGCAACAAAUAUUAUAAUAUUAAUUUAUAUUUUAAUUUUGUUAUUGUUGUUUUUUAUAGUCGGUAUUGUUAUUUAUAAAAAAAAAAGUCAAAACUGCAACGUUCAAGGUCUUGAUCCACACUUAUUUAUAAAGUUCGAUGUGUUCUUCUUAUUCUGCUUCCUAUUUAUUUUGUUUGGAAUAUUUUCUUUGCUUAUAGGGAUUUUUGGUACCAGUUUCAAUAACAAAGAAGAAACGAGUAAAGUUUUCUUUGUCCUUUAUAGAUUAGUAAUUCUUUUAUAUUACAGUUUGCCUUUGGUAUUUAACGACGGACAUGGUGUUAUAUUAUUAAAAGUAUUUAAAUGUUUUGCCACUAAUAUUGAACCAAUUGAACCAAUAGAUUAUAAUAAUUUGCGUAGAUAUUCAAUAGAUUAUUCCAAUAUAGAAUAUUAUCAACAACAAAUACAACAACAAAAUAAUAGUAAUAAUAAAAAUACAGCGACAGAAUCAAAUGAUAGCUAUAGUGCAGAUGAAAAAUUUAGUAAUGAUAGAAAUUCAACAUCGAGUUCAUAUCAGGUAGAAGCAUAG